GUGCCUUGAUCGCGUAUAAAAACAGGCGAGCACAGCUGCACUUGCUCAAUUUGUCUUUCGAUAUUGAUGCAGUUGGAUUGUUUCAGUGAAAUAGUGAAAGAAGUGAAAUACAGAAAACUAUUAAAAUGAAGUGUUUCUUGCUUGUUUCACUUCUCACACUUUCGCUUGCAAACGCACAUUUAUGGAAGAAAAAGCUCAUCCUCAGCUCCGAAUCGGAGGGUGGACAUAGUGGUGGUGGCGGAGGUAGUUUUUCCCUGGGUGGCGGAAGUUUUGGACUUUCGUUUGGUGGUGGACUACAUGGAGCAGGAGUGGGAGUAGGCAGUGGUCAUGGAGGCUCUGUUGGAGGAGGAUACGGAGGAGCGUCCACUGGACCGGGAUAUUCAAACGGAGGAAAUGCUGGAGGUUACGGCGGUGGUGCCCCAAGUCAUUCGGGUACUGGUGGAGGUGGUGGACAUCAAAUAGCUGGAAGCAAUGCUUAUGCAAGUGCAAGUGCAAGUGCAAGUGCAGGAAGUGGAUCCUCGGUACACGCCGGACAAGGUGAUCAUUCUGGUUAUGCUCCAGCACAUGGAGGAUCGGGCGGAUACGGACACAAUGGCGGUAAUGUAGGUGGACCAGCGGUGCAUGCUCCCUCGGAUCAUCUUACUCCUCCGGUGGGAACAGGUAGUUACCAAGGAUCUGGCGGAGCCUCUCACAGCUAUGCGAACAGUUUCGCUGCUGCCGGAGCUAGUGCAGGAGGACACAAUAGUGUGCCUCAGGGAUCCGCUGGGGGUUCUUAUCAUGGAGGAUCUCCGCAACAGUCUCACGCCGUGGCCGGUCCAGCUCCUUCAAACGGACACGGUGGACAUAGUGGGCAUGGUUUUACUAAGCAAAUCACAAUCACCAAACACGUCGAUCACAAUCCUCCGCCCCGACCGAUCGUUAUCGAAAAGCCCGUUCCAGUACCGGUCGAUCGACCCUAUCCAGUGUAUAUCGAGAAAGAGGUACCUGUCACGGUAGUGAAGGAGGUCCCUGUUCCCUCAGGAGGCAACUACGGAAGUGGUGCAGGGCAUGCUGCAGCCAGUGCAAGUGCUAGCGCAAGUGCACACGCGGGAGCAAGUGCCGGUGGAUUCGGUGGUAAUUAUGGUGGUUCUAACGGAGGCGGCUACGGUGGUGGUAGUGGAAAUAUUGGUGGAGGCUAUGGAGGCGGAAAUGGUGGCACUGUUGGAGGAGGUGGUUACGGUGGAGGUGGCCAUGGUGGAGGUCAUGGUGGCGCAUCAUUCACUAAGACGAUUACGUUCGAGAAAACCUUCAACAAGCAUAAACACCAUCUUCAUCAUCACGGAUGGGGAUUUGUAGUGUUUGCGAUGGCAAUUGCCUUGGUGGCGAGUGCUGCCGUUGAGAAAAAGGAUGCUGAGACGGCUGCUCAGCCGGAAGGUGAAAAGAAACAGGAAAAGCGUGGUCUGUGGGAUCUUGGCUACGGUUAUGAGUCGCACGGAUGGGAUUCGCACAAGCACGGCUGGGACGAGCCGCAUGUAACCACGAUCACCAAGAAGGUUCACGUUCCGUACCCGGUCGAGGUGGAGAAGCAUGUUCCGUACCCGGUGAAGGUGCCGUACCCGGUCACCGUCGAGAAACACGUCCCGGUUGUGGUGGAGAAGAAGGUCCCAGUGUACGUCGAGAAGCAUGUUCCGGUGCACGUUGAUCGUCCAGUCCCCUACCCAGUCAAGGUCCCGGUCAAGGUGGUGCACAAGGAGUACGUCGAGGUGCCAAAGCCCUACCCGGUGCACGUGGAGAAGCAUGUCCCGGUUGUCGUGAAGAAGCCAGUGUACGUCGAGAAGCAUGUCCCCGUCGUCGUCAAGUCGCACGGAUGGGAACCUCAUUCCCACUCGUACUCUGAGUUCCACUCGUGGUAAAAGUCGAGUAGCUGAGCUAUCGCUAUCCACCGGGUAGGAUGCUUUUAUCAGAUGGUGAUAGGUGUGCCUCCAGUAUACUAUUCACUGAUAAAAACAUGUACUACAUCGUCAUACACACGGAUACAUUACACACAGCAACACUCACACCAGUACCGUUUGAUUGUGAUCCUCGGUUUGGCAACAACGUUCCUCGCUGUGAUGACUCUGCACUGCAUCCAUCUAACAUUUCUUUGAAGAUCUCCCGUCAACCAUUCUACAGCGCUCUACCUUCUCUGCGAUCUAACGAUCAUUUUACAAACGUUACCUCAAACUCACCAUCUAGCUGAUCUCCUUUCCACGCCUCAACUGCACGUCGCAUACUCUCUGUACACCAAAGCAAAUCAGAGUUGGUUUUCCGAUACCAAGCGGAAGCCAAAUGGAACCGCAUAUUCCCCACCAUUUUCAGCGUGUUGUCAACUGUACAUAAAUUAUUUUACCCUGUCUUACACGUUUGUAAGCACACAUGUAAAAAAAACGCAGGAACAGAUGAGACAUGAAAAAAUGUAAUAAAAAACAUAAAAAAUAUUAAA